AUGAGCAGUAAAAAUGACAGUGGCCUUCUCCAAUUUUGUGAUGACAUUUUUUUGAACCUAAUAAAAUUUUUUUCAAUAAAUGAAACUUUAAAAUUGAAACUUGUGAAUAAAAAUAUUUAUGAAUAUUUAAAAGAUGAAAAUGUAUAUCAAUUGAAUACAUGUUUGAAUUUAAAUAAUUAUAUAAAAUUUGUAAAGUUUGUAAAGUCUGAUAAAUUCAGUGCUUUUCUCUUGUCAAUUCUGAAUGAUGAAAAAAAUAUAUAUGACAGUUCAUACUAUGUUAAGAAGAAUGCUCAAUAUGGCAUCAACAAAAAACAGCUAGUUCCAAAAGGAAAAGGAUUUUUACAAAAAAUAAUUUUAAAAGGGGAAUUUUUAAGAAAUGCUAAUUUUUAUGACUUAAGUAUUUUAUUAGCUAGUCAUGCAGAUACAUUAAAAGAAUUACAUAUUAAUGGUUUAAACGAUGUUAACUGUCCUUUAUUUAUAUAUUCCACGUAUAGUAUCAUUUUUGAAUUUUUUUCUAAAGAAGUUCUUUUUAAUAACCUAUCUUUCAAUUAUGUAACAAAAAAGGAUUUACAAAAAAUUCAGAAAUAUAUAUCAAGUCAACGAAAGGUACCUAAAAAGGAAAAAAAAAAAAAAUGUGAAAAAUGUGAUGAAAAAGUAGAAGAUCAGCUGAACAACAAAAGAUGUGAACAUGAGGAAGAACAUUUUUUAAAUAAAACAAAAAUGGAUGUAGAUAUAAACUUAUUUGAAAGUAAUAAAUUACCAAUAGAUAUUAAAUCAUCUUUAGAUAAACAAGUAUCUACUAGUACUCAAUAUUCUAUUGAUAGUGAAAUUUUUAUACAUACACAAUUUCCAACUGAUUCUCAAACAUAUAUAUCAAAUAAAAAUACAAAUGUAGUAGAAAAUAAAUCUUAUACUAAUCAAGAGAUAUAUUAUGAAAAGGACUCUUCUCUAGAAAAAAUUCAUAUAAAAGAACAUUUAGAUCUAAACGACAAUAAUGAAAUAUUCACUAAAGUUACAUAUACGAAUACAAAAGAAUACCAUAUAAAAUUAAACUCCAAAAAAAUUAAUAAUUUUAAUAUUAAUAAGGAAAAAAAUUAUAAGGAUGAAGAUAAUAAUAUAGUAUCUAAUGAAAAAAAGAAUUUAAUAAAAUUAUUCGAUAAGUUUGUAAAAAAUGAAAAAAAAAAAAAAAACCUUCCUAUAACUAAUAAAAAUAAAUUACAUAUGUUAUGUGAACAUAUUAGUAUAGUUUAUAAUUGUAAUAAGAAAUGUUUUGAAAAAAUAAAAAAUUAUAAACAAGAAACAAAUUUAAGUCCUUAUGUAAAUAAUCUUAUAAAUUUGAAAGUUUUAAAUUUAUCAGGUAUUCAAACUUAUGAUAUGAUUAAAAUGUUUAUUCCAAUAAACAUGCCAUCUCUCAAUAUUUUAAAUAUUUAUUCAUAUGAUUAUUUUUUUUAUUUUUAUAAUAUGCUCAUAUCAUUUUUUUUAUAUGGAAAUGGACAAGAAAUUUUUACAAAAUAUAUUAAUGUAAAAAAAAUUGAAGGACAAGAUGAAAAAGAUAAAACGUAUCAUAUAAAAAAUAAAAAAAAAAAUAUAUUCUUAGAGUAUAAUAAAAGAAUGUAUGAAGUUAUAAAAUUAAUGGAUAGACAAUUAAAGCAUACAUGUAAUAGUGCUUCAUCUUUUCAAAAAAUUUUUGAAGAUGAAGCAAUUAAUAAUUAUGAACUUCAUAUAAAAAAUAAUGACAACAAGGUAUUCAUAACUCCUUCAUAUCUAGAUAAUAUAUAUGUAAACCAUAUAAAUGCUCCAAUAUAUUAUGCGGAUGGAAAUUAUAUAAAAUACGACACAGAUGAUGAGAGCACAAAAUAUAUUGUUGAGCGAUCACCAAGUUGGUCAUGUAAUCAAAAUAUUGAAAGUUAUAAUAACAACAGAAAAGGAGAUGAUAUCACAAAAAUGGUGGAAAGUGAAUUAAAAGGUGACAGUGAAUUAAAAGAUUACAGUGAAUUAAAAGAUUACAGUGAAUUAAAAGAUUACAGUGAAUUAAAAGAUUACAGUGAAUUAAAAGCCGACAGUGAAUUAAUAGGUGAUAAAAAUAAUUGCGAUAAUUAUAAUUUCCAGGCAAAGGAAGAACAAAACUCUUCUGUUCAUAAUAAUAAAAAGAAAAUGAAAAAAUUAAAAAGAGGAGGAUACAUUUGGCCAAUAGAAAAUCAUAAAUAUAAAAAGAAUGUGAGUGUAGAAAUUUUGUAUCUUUUUAAAAAUAUUUUAGAAAAUGAAGAAAAAAAAGGAAGAAAAAAUAUUAUUUGUUUAUUGAAUAAUUUAAAUUUAGAACAUUUUUCUUUAUUUAAUUAUAGUUUGAGUAGUCCUUUUUUAUGGUUACUUCUCUUAAUAAAAAAUAAAAAUCUAAAAACCUUUUGUAUUUUAGAUAUAUGUUUAUCACAUCUACUGUGUGCACUAACAUUUCUAGAAGCUUAUCUUAAACAAAGUUUAUUUAAUUUUCAAGGAAUGAUGAGAAGAAGAAGAAAAAGAAUGGGCAGCAUUUAUUUUAAAUUUAAUGAUCAUGACGAAAUUAAAUUUAUUAACGAAACAUAUUCAAAACUGAUUAAUGAGAUGAAUCAAAAAAAAGAUAUAAAUGAAACUGAUCAAAUUCAUCAUAAUAAUAUCCAAAGUAAUAAUAGCAAUACAUAUAAUAACAUGUAUAUAAAUAAAAUAUAUAUUAAUAAUCAUAAUAACAACUCAACACAUACAAAUACCAAUACUUGUAACACACAUGAACAAAGUAAAGAUAAUUAUAAUACAAACAGAAAAAAAAAAAGUAAAAUACUUCAUAUCGUUAUUUAUGUUUAUAAUAAUACGAAAGAAAAUAAACAGUUUAUUAAAUAUAUAAGAAAAAUAUCACGAUCUCUGUGGAGAUGUAACUAUCUUGUAUAUUAUUCAAUACAUUAUUAUAAAUAUAAAUAUUUUAAUAAGUAUAUUGACAUAGAUAAUUUAUAUAGAGAUUAUAUUAUGAACAUUCUCUUAAAUAAUCAUAGGUUAAAUAAAUAUAUGGAUCAAAGUAAAAUGUUAACAUAUUAA